AUGAGAAAAAUUCCAGAUCGGAAAGAAAAUGGGGUUACGGUAAUGCUAGUAGCGAUAACGUCGGAGUUUCUUCUAUUCAAUUUGCUGGCCUUCGCCAACAACAUCCUCGAGCUGACUGGUACCUAUGGCCACACACAGCUGGAGACUCUUCUAGUAGAGGUAUCUGCCUUGCUUGUGAACUUCAACGGAGCCUCGACAAUAGUAAUUUAUUUGAUCUUCGGGACCAAGUAUCGCACCAUAUUCAUUCAGCUUCUGCAACAGGUUGGUAUCCGAGUUCGAAAGCCAAGGAAAAAGACAACAAACGCCAACCCCUUGCAGUAUGAAACCACCCAAUUGCUGGACUCGAGAAUCGACGAUAGCUCACGUAACAAAUGGAAGGGACAAAGACCAAUCAUCAGCAGUGAAGAACGUCUUUUAAACACGAAGGAAAGAAAGUCAAGCAUGACGUACAUAUGA